AUGAUUACUACUGCUGCACAAACUACAACCAAAGAGACAACAGCAGAUGUGCCUACCUCCUCAGUAACUACAUCAACAGAAUAUACAACAGGCAUGACGGGAAAAGCAGAAUAUUCAUCAACGCAAGCAGAAAACGAUACUUCCCACUCCAGCACCCAACAAGUUUGUCACCCGAACCCUUGUAAUAAUGGAGGGAGUUGCCUGGAAACUCCCGAAGGCUUUCAGUGUGACUGUCCGACAGAAUUUUACAAUUCAACAUGCUCUUGCCAAGUGAUCUACACUGAGGAUACACAAUUCCACCUUGACAACAUAAAUCACACAAUUCCCGAUAUACAUAUUCCACAAGGUGUGAUGUCAUUUGCAUUCGAAGUCAGCGCUGAUAGCAACGCGUUCAUCGGACUUUCUGGUUAUGCCGAUCAUCAUCAUGUAUACGAGAUAGGUAUCGGCAUGUGGGAUAAUACCGGGGGAGCUAUCCGUCUGUGCGAUUGGAGCCAUUGGGAACCUACUUGCAGCUCAAAGGCCCGUCGUGACAAUGAUCCAGCGGCAAUGGCACUAUCCGGAAUCCCAGCGUACGACCGCUUCGAAAUCUCCUUCGCUAACGGUCACAUUCAGCUUUUUCGCGAAGGCCACAGCGGACCUCUGAUGCAGUGGCAUCAUUCAGGUCCGCUGGAUGUUUACUUCAUUUAUGUUUUUUCUGUCAAUGGAUCUCGCGGGUACUGGAAAUUCCCGUUAAUGUGUUAAAAAAUAAAUGGUCGGCCAUCAUUUAAGCGUAUAUCCGAUUGUACCAUUUUACUAGUAUUUCAAAGUCAGGCCAACGAAACCGCCUUUUGUUCCAUGAAAGGACAAAGUUCUGAUAGCUGAAACGUAAAGCGUGUAACAGCUGAUCGGCUAAAAAAGGGCAAUUAUGUUACGUUACUGUAGAGUGCUGAUACCCUUUUUAC